AUGGCAAGGGACGGAGACCUGCCUACAAUAUUUAAUCCGAAACGAGUUCGCGCGCCAUCUGUUAUAAUCACUAGUGAAGAAGUACAAACGGAUCAGGGUGCUGGUGGUGAUGUUGAAAGAGCAAACGGGCCGCCAACACCUUUGAGUCCACGUGCACCACUUACACCCCAAACUUCAAUAUCAUCAGCACCGCCCUUGACUUCCCAACCCUCACUUCAGCAAGCUUAUAGUGAAUCAGCUACAAGCAGUCAAGAUGAGGAGCGUCAGUUGCGGGACAAGAAAUGCCCACGAUCCUGUUGUUCCAAGUUUGCAAAGAAGAUAUACUUCGGCAUCUGUGUGACCACAAUGUUGGUGGCCUCGUGGGUAGCAGUGACACACUGCAUCAAGCAUAUGUACCUUCAGGAGUAUCCGCCUGUGCAUGAUGCUCCGCAAAGCGCCGACCCUUCGACUUAUAACUUCACUUCCAAAGUUCCUACUCAUCUAUACAACGCACCGUUCUUCACAGCGUGGUUCUGUACCAAUUGGCUGAUCUUGUUCUACCCUCUUUACCUGAUCGUAAUGCUCAUACACAACAAGUGUAAAUCGGCUCACGACAUCGUUUUCGAUGCUUUUAGCGACUUCAAAGAAAAGGGAUUUACUUUUGCCCGUUUCCUGACACGCUGCGGGCUGUUCUGCCUGCUGUGGGUGCUGAGCGUGUACAUGUACACCUACGCGCUGCGUAUUCUGCUGGCCACGGAUGUGGUGGCGCUAUUCGCAACCAACGUCUCCUGCAUCUACCUGCUCUCCUGGGUCAUCCUUCACGAGCAGUUCGUCGGCGUGAGGAUAGUGGCGGCGAUAUUAUGCGACACUGGCAUAGCCCUGUUGGCGUACAUGGACGGCAUCACGGGCAGCUCCACGCUAGGCGGAGUCGUGCUGGCCGCUUGCGCCGCUGCUGGAUUCGCAAUAUUUAAGGUGCUAUUCAGAAAGGUAAUGGGCGAGGUGAACUCCGGGCAGCGGGCGUUGUUCUUCUCGAUCUUGGGCACGGUGAACGCGUCGCUGCUCUGGCCCGUGUGCCUGGCGCUGUACCUCACCGGCUCCGAGAUGCUGCCGGCGCAGCGCAUGCCCUGGCUGCACCUGCUGCUCGCCAGCGUGGCCUUGCUCGUAUUCCACCUGGUGUUUCAAUUUGGCAACAUUGUGACGUACAAUAUAUUCGUCUCGCUCGGUCUCAUCACCGCUGUACCAGUCUCCGCAGCCUUGGACGUGUUGGUAUACGGUGCGCAGUUCGCGGGUAUGAAGUUGGCCGGCAUCAUACUAAUCGCGGUAGCCUUUUUCCUGGUCAUGUUCCCAGACAACUGGCCUGACUACAUCAUGCGAUUACUCAGAUGGAGCCGUCGUCGUCAACGCGGACAGCCAGGCUCGGGACGCAACCGCGAUGCCAUGGACUACCGCACCGGCUACAUCCGCUCACACCUGCGCUCGCCCUCAGGCCGCGUCAGGUGA